CACCACAAUGUCAUCCCAACCAACAAUCCUCCUCCUCGGCACCUUCGACACCAAAUGGUCCGAAUGCAUGUAUCUCCAUUCCCAACUCACCUCCCAAAACAUCACCACGCUCCUCAUGGACGUGGGCCGCACCCCGCACCCCUCGCCCCUAAUCGACAUCCACCACCCCAGCCUAUCCCAAUCCCAAGAGAAAAAAGAACCCGACUACAGCCACCUCCCCCGAAACACCUACAUCCAAACCAUCACGCAGACACGCACCCCCACCAUAUCCUCUCUUUACCAAGAAGGCAAAAUCCACGCCAUAAUCUCCCUCGGCGGCAGCUGCGGCACAUCUAUCGCGACGGCGCUCAUGCGCGAUGCCCUUCCCAUCGGCUUCCCCAAACUGAUGGUCUCGACCAUGGCCGCGGGGGAUGUCUCGCCUUAUGUCCAGGAAACCGAUAUCACCAUGAUGUAUAGUGUAGUGGAUGUUGCGGGGAUGAAUGGGAUUUUGAAUCGGGUGUUGAGGAAUGCGGCGGGGGCGGGGGCGGGCAUGGCGAAGACUUAUUAUUAUUCUAAUUAUCAUCAGAAGGACGGGAUUGACGGGAGUGAGGCAAAGGGGAAAGUGGAAGUGAAGAGGAUCGGAAUUACCAUGUUUGGAGUAACUACACCGGGGGUUACCGCCGUGCGAGAAUAUCUCGAAGCCCACUACAACAACACCAACGGAAACGAAAAAGAGGCAGGCUGUGAAAUCUACAUCUUUCAUGCCACCGGUGCAGGCGGAAAAGCCAUGGAACGACUCAUCCGCGAAGGCCAUCUGGAUGCCGUGGUUGACCUUACUACCUCGGAGAUUGUCGACGAAAUCGUGGGCGGAGUGUUGAGUGCGGGUCCGACCCGACUGUCGGCCGCGGCGGAAAAAGGGAUCCCGCAGGUGGUCAGUCUGGGUGCUUGUGACAUGGUGAAUUUUGGGACCCCCGACACGGUGCCCGAGCGGUUGGCGGGACGGAGGAUCUACGAGCAUAAUCCGACGGUGACGAUUGUGAGGACGGAUGAGGAAGAAAGUCGACAGGUGGCCAGGUUUAUUGCCGGGAAAUUGAGGGAUGCCGCACGGCCGGAGAAGGUGGUGGUGUUGCUGCCCCAGGGCGGGGUGAGUUUGUUGGAUGUGCCGGGCCAGCAGUUUCAGGAUCCCGGGGCCGAUGAGGCCUUGUUUGAGACGCUGGAGAAGGAGCUGGAGGGGUCUCGGGUCACCGUGACCAGGCACCCUCGCCAUGUCAAUCAUCCCGACUUUGCGCAGGCCAUCGGGACGACGUUGGUCCGCAAGUUACGAUUAUUUCCUACAAUGUAGGACUAUUUCAAGUGGUAUCAUCCGCACUGUUGAAUGCAAUACUCCAC